GUUAGCUAGCCCGUCUCUGACUGACUUUGCCUUUUCCCCCUCUGGCAAACGUUAGCUGUAGUUUGUUGAAGGAAAAUGUCAGGCUGCGUGACGGUCUGAUGCGGUACCCACACCGGGUCUCUCGCCAGUAGACGUUAUGUAUGCUAGCUAACGCGUUUACUCACAGCCCCACUGGGUUUCUGAGGGGGGGGGAAACAUCUGCACCUAAUCACCUCUCUUUCGUAGCUAAACGCUGCCUGGCUGCCCCGUGCCUUUUUUUUUCUUUCUGUAGCCUGCUACAACUAUCGUUGUGUGCACGUUCUCGAAUGCGCGUGAUAAUGUAAUAAACGCAAAUUAGCCGGCUUGCUAGGACGCUAACGGUUGUAGCUUAGCUAGCACCCGACGUAUGCGGCUGCAUCGCGUCUUUAAUUUGCAGUAUGUGAAGGUUUUCUUUUUGUUAAGCUAACGCUAACCUCUCAGAGCUAAAAGAGGCAGCACUGCACAGCUAAUUGUAAUGCGUAUUGCUACUGGCUAAUGUAGCCACUGAGGUAAUCGUACAAAAGCUAGUGUUGUGUGUUUGAUGACAAGCAAAGACGACAAACCAUUGGAAUACAACGGAGCUGGCGUUUUGAUCACAGUCUGAAAAAUAACAUUGCGUUUGCUCUCAACAAUUAGGCAGCUAUGCAAUUGAUCGACUCGCUGACAGACUGCAUUGAGCCCGUUUUUAUUCACGCUGCACUGUUCUAUUGUGAUCGCUGCUGCCUGGUUGUGCCCAGUGAGCUGCUGUGAUUAAUUAGUAAUCAAGAGUUGCAAAGGCUUCUGGUCAGCAGCUCCUGGAAAAUGAACGUAUCUGCAUGGAAAUACUGAAGAGAGAAAAACCGAAAGCGGGUGCUUGAAUUGACUGAACUUGAGGUGGAAUAAAUGGAUUACCCUCCUUUUGGAAAAUUGUUGCCAUGGAACUAGGUAGAGUUAAACGGUGGUGAACAUAAUGAAGCGAAGGUAAGACAGCCACAUGCUGAAGAUAGAGGAGAGCACCGAGAAGAAUCUUGAAGACAGACAAGGGAAGAACGAUUACUAAAUAGGGACCAAAGACUUCUACAGUCCGAAUGAAUGCAUGCCGUAGCAAAAAAAACAACAACUAACAAGAGUAUUUGAAAGGGAACGACCAAGAAAAAGAACAUCUCAAACAGUAUAACACUCUGCAUCCAAGAGCUGAUGAGAAUAUCAAUGGAGUGUUUGCCUCUGGGAGUGUUCAGUAAAGGUCUGUAUUCAGACCUAUUGAUUCAAGUUACUGCCGUUUUGGUCUCACACAGGUGUGAGUCGGGUCCUGGCAAACGCAUUGACGGACUGAAGGAUUGUCGCGACGGAACGCAUUCUCGAUGGCUUUAUUGAGAGAUUUUUUUUUUUGUUUUUGUUUAUUUGCACAAGAUGCCAUUGGACCACAAUUCAAUUCCAACAUAGCUCAGUUUGCUUGAGCUGUUAUUAAAGCAGAGAAGUGUACAUGUAAAGACAUUUGAACAUCUCACAUGGUGGUGUGUCAGACGUGAUAUCGUUGCCUGCUCGGUGCCAAACUGCUUCAGCUUCAUUGGAAUGACUGCACAGUUUUAGUCUUGUAUUUUUCUGCAGUAGAAACCUGCUUCACUAGAUAUUUCUUUUUCUUUUCAAAGUUCCAUUUUUUUUUAAGACCCAGCUGUACAGUGAACCUUUUUUUUUUAAACAAAAAAAAAGAAAAGUGAAAAUAACCAUAUACCAUCGUCACAUUGAAGAAGUAAGACUUUUACCAUUUGGCCUUUUCAUGUAUUGAUAAAACCAUUGUCUGUUCAACCUCACUACCCACUUUCUGCUACAAAAAAAAGUGAUUAUAACAUCUGCGAUAGAUAUUCCUCAGCUUGAACUAUUUGGUUUUCCAAAGCAUUUCCUUGUUUUACUGCCAGGCCAUAGACUCUCUUUUCUUCGUCAUUUAUGGUUACUGCCGUAAGCCUUCCAGUUUCUGAUCAGAAGCAUUCCCUGGUGUAGACACUGACGGUUAUUUCCAUUUUUAAUCCAAACGUGGAAAAACAAUGCAGAACUUUUCUAACAGUCCGGUUCCCCCUUCGCUUCCCCCGGGGUUCAGUGGGAGGGGUGGAGGGGGAACUCCGUAUCCCCCUCAGCCAGCAGAUCCCCAGAUUUCCCCAAGGAUGACGGAUGAUUACGCAGGGAUGCAACAGCAGAGCCUGCACAGAGGCCAUCACCAUCCCAGUCAAGCCAGCCACAUGCUUGCUUACAGUGCUAGAAACAGAGGUGCUGUGGAGGCAUCGCCAACACAGGGUAACAUUCACAGCGCCAACACUAACAACCCCUACAGGAAGGAGGCCAUGGAUUAUUAUUUUUCGAUGGCUGGAAAGGACAGGCACAGAAGGGGGGGCAUGGCUUAUGGGGCAGGGUUUGGGUACCCUAAUAUUGAUGGACAUAUACCUCACCAGUAUCGGCAUGCUGGAUCUGGCACUGCACCAGCAUCUGGCCUGAUGUCACCAUAUCCAGUAGACUACGGCUCAAGUGCUGGUUUGGGUGGAGGUGCUGUUGCUGGUGCUGGAGCAUUCUCUCCUUCUCAUCAGUACAAUAUGAGUCAGAAUGCUGCAAUGCAGUCAGUGCCAGGUUCUCAGAUGCAGCACCGCCAGCUUGGACAAAACUUCCCAGCCGUCCACCAUGGACAGCAGCAUAGGAGCUAUCCUCACUCUGGGCACAGGAUGACCCCUCAGUACCCACACUACUCCCCACAGGGUGGAGCAUCCACAGGGUCAUCAGGAAUGUACAGCCCUCCUCCACAGAGAUAUCUCGACGGGGCUGCUAGCGCGGGGUUCGAUCCCAAAGUCAACAGUUCUCCCAGUGUCAACUCUAGUUCAAAUUCAGUCUCCAGUUCAGUUGCUGCUAACAAUGUGGGGCCAAUGGAGAAUGUUCAGCAGAGUUACCAUGCUUCAAAUUAUCCUGGAUAUUCCCCGCAGACACUUUCGCUUCACAAGCAAGCCACACUACAGCACCGCAACUCGCAGCACAACUUAGGGGUAGGUUACGACAACUCUCUCAAGAUGCAGCACCAGGGCCCGUCUCCAGGCUCUGUAUAUGCUAAACAUCAUCAAGCCUCCAAUCCCAGUAUACCUCAAGCAGCGUCUCAAGAAAUAGCCAAAUCACCAAUGCAUCCCAAUGCUCAACAAACCCAAAUCAACCAAAACUUUAGCCCGAUAUCCAACCCCUCACCAGCUGCCUCUGCAGUGCAUUCCCCCAGUUGUAGCUCCUCUCCGUCCCCUUUGAUGGGCAUCUCAGAGGUACAUGCAAACCCCUCAGGUCAUGGUCCUUCGCAUCCUCCUUCGUCAAACCCCCGUAGCAGCCAUGGUCAAGGUAGAUUACUGCAGACCAUGCCACAAUUAAGUCCCACACCCAACUCAAAUAGCAGCAUCAGUAGUUGUGGUAGCAGUGGCAGUCAUAAAGCUCACAGCGUGAGUGCAGUUGGAGGGAGCAGUCUUCCUCCAACAGGCCGAAACAAAUUGGGUUUAGGCACAGGAGUCGGAUCGCGAGAGGAAGGCCCCUCUAUUUAUUCAUGCUCUCCACUUGACAAAAUGCAGGAUGCUGGCCUGAAUAGUCUUAAUGCCUUGAGCUCACAAGUAGCCAAUUUACCAAACACAGUUCAGCACAUGCUCCUCACCGACUCAGUGCUUUCACAGAAGAAGGGGAAGGAUGUGGGGCAGAUGCAACAGGCAACGCAUGGCGCGCCCCCAUCACAACCAAGAAGUCGAAAUGUAAGUGCAGCCUCAAGCACUAGCACAGUUAAAGAUGGAAGUGCGCCAGGGAUUGGUGACGGCGCCAGCUUAGACGCUGGUGCCGAUGAAGACUCCUCACUAAUGUCAGUUGGAGGCUCAUCGAGGACCAAGGUGGACCGUGAGGAGCAGUUUUCUGAAGGGGAACAUGGGAGAGUGAGGCAGAUGAGUGGUGCAAGCAGUGGGUCUGAACCAACCGGCUAUUACCCUCCCUCUCAGAGUCAAACACAGACUGGGCAAGCAUCAGCUGUUAAAACAAUUGCCUCCCAUUUACCGUCAAAAGAACCAAGUGUUUCCGAAACUAAAGCAAACAAAGCACGCGUUCCCUCUUCGUCGUCAUCUCCAUCCUUUGGAUGUCAGUCAUCAGAGACUGGCCCAACUUCACAUUCGACACCUCCAGUUUCCUCCUCCCCAUCAUCCACCUCCUCCAGUAUUCCUCCUCCUCUGCCAAAUUGUGUCUCAGAGCCUGGUCUCACAUACAGUGACCACAGAGGUGGUGGCCAUAGGAGGACAACAGAAAUAAAAAAGGAGGUCAUCAAAAAUGAAAGUGAAGGCCCGGUUGACAAAACGGAGAAAGGCCGUAGCCAAAUGCAGCGAGUUGGAGAGGUCAAUUCACAAAAUUGUCAGGACAAAGAAAACAGGUUGCACACCGCAUCCAGAUUACACAACAACGAGAGGGGAGAAAAGCACACUUCUGAGGAGCACCAGAGUGCCAGUAGUGUCGGUGUGAUUGUUUCAGCUCGGUCUGAGGGAAGUCACACUGAAAAAAGCAAGCAUACCCAAGGCAACUGCAUAGAAGAGAAACACUCUUUCUUAAGAGAAUCGAGCGGCCAUAAUGGGGAGGAAGGUGUAGAUCUGAGUUUAUAUUCCUCCCUUCACCAAAAAUCCAAUUUUGGACGGCCUCAAAAUCCUCCCCAGUCUGGACCGCAUAAAUAUGGCUAUCCAGAAUCAACAUAUGGCUCAGAUUUGUCGAUGAAAAGCAGAGGGAGGACUGGUCCGGCGGGUGUGAUGGAAUCAAAUUCCAGAUACUUGGGGUAUCAACAAUCACCAGCUGGUUAUGGCCCUGUGCAUCCAAAAGAUGCUGGUUCUGUAGCAGAGGCUUUGGUAAAGAGAGGGCAAGGAGCAGGAGCUAAAGGUCAUGAGGAUAAUUCACAGCAAUUUCCCAGCCUUUUACAAGAGGUUCUUCAAGGUUACAAUUUAGACAGACGUUAUGGCAGACCGGAGCAGGCCUAUCCUGCCCAUCUCCAAGUUCAGCAACCGUUUCAAACCAGACACCUGUACGGCAUAACUGAGGCGUUGGCUCAUUCUGGACAAAUGGUUAGCACUGGAAAGCCUCCACAUGCGAACCAGAGGCAUGGAAGUGAGCCUAGUUUUACCACAGAUGCUCAGUCCUCAGUGAAGUCUGAAGUGUCUAUUACUAAGAUAAUGCAAAAUGCUGAGAAAAAUGACAUGGGCGUGUCCCAGAGCCAUUCAACACAGGCGGCAGAGUCCCAGCAACCCCCAACCAAACAUAUAAACUUAGCUGACUAUUCUCUACCACAGAGAAAAGCCUUAUCAAAUGUGUCCACUCCACCCUCCGCUGUGCAGGAGCUCCUUUUGCAAGAGCCAGAGCCACUAACGGGCAGCAUUGGUCAAACUGAGUCUCAGAAAUCAUCAGGCUCCAUAUUAGCCCCAUCAGAGCGGCGCUCUGUCAUCUGUGAUGUGUCGCCGAACCGACGCGGCACCCCAGAGAGGGACCGGGAAAGUGACAGAGAGAGAGAGCGGGAGAAAAGUCUGAGUGGAGCCUCUGUGAUUCAACAGCCAUUUUCCUCUCCAGCAGCAGCCAGUGAUCUGAGUAAAAAGGAUAUUGGAGAGAAACAAGUGGUGAAAAUGGAAACGGCAUCAAAAGAGGCUGUCUUAGACACGUUACAGACUGAUCAUCUCGGCAGUGGUUGCACUAACGAUGCUGAUAUGGAGUAUCAUUCCAAGUCUGCUCAUUCAUCUGUUGUGAUGAAUACGGACCCCUACCGUCGAGGUAAUGUUGACAUUACACCCCUGGCUUCUCAUUCUUUGAGCACUAACCCUUUAUCUCCACCUUCAAGGCAUCAGUCCUAUCUUCAUGGUGUUGAUUUAUCAACGGGUAGUGGCAGCAGUUUUCCUGGUUAUCGAUUUGGAGAUGCAAGAGAAGGGCAUAUGAUGCCACGCAGUAACCCCCAUUUUACCUCCCACCAUCCGUACCACAAUUUAUCCCCCCAGGCGCAGUCCACAAAUAAGCUUCAAAUGUACCCUCACCCUCGUGGCCCCCCUCAUCACCCCCAUGACAUGAAUGAAUGGGUAAAAGCAAUGAACAGGCCAUCAAAGGAGAUGAUGAUGCUCCCUGGUUCUUCUCCAGGAAGACAUAAGGUCAGCCAAACAGAACCGAGGCAGAGGAUGGUCUCACAAACUGACAUGCCCGGGGAACUACACGCAGCCAAAACCUCCCUCCAUCAUCAAAGCGCUUUCUUCGAUUUGAAAAUGUGGGAGUCGACACACUCUGGCAGAGAAGGUGCUAGAAUGAUGGAGGGAGACUCCUUCUACAGAACACAACCUCCUCCCCCCCCUCCUCCUGCUCCUGUAGACUCGCACGUCCCCAUUCCACCACAAAUGACUCACGGCCUAAAUGCCGCCGAACCUGAGGUCCCCAGAGGAGCCGCAGAGGAAGGCAAACAUCCCUGCCCACCUCCUCCACCCGGCUCCGCCAAGCCUUCUGCUGACAUGAACUCCACACAGCCACAGGUGCAGCGUCAGACUAAAGCCGGGGGUUCUGGAGACACAAACCCGCUGAUAUUGCGAAGGAGAGUUCGUUCUUUCAUCUCUCCUAUUCCCGCCAAAAGGCAACUCCAGGAUGCGUCUCAGCAGAGAGCUGCCACAAAUUCACAUCACUCCCCCGGGGCUCAGUCUGAGUCGAGUCAUCACAAUGAAGAUGACUCAUCCAGUUCAGAUAUCCCAUGUCCCAGGCUCUCUUCCCCUCUGCCUGGAGAGAAUACCUAUUCACAACCUCUAUCUCCAUCAAGUGGUAAUGCCAGGGCUAUGCCUCCCAGGAAAGGCCGAGGUUUGAAACUGGAGGCAAUAGUGCAGAAAAUCACACCAAAUAUUAAAAAGCCAGCAGGCCAUGUUGAUGAUGAGUCGAAUCAUUAUCCAGGCUUCUCUCACUCAGAAAUGCCACCGUUUAAUGAUUCACAGGACCAAGACUUGGCACAUUUCCCAAGGGUUGCAGGAGGGGAUGAUAUCUACAUGGAUGACAGUCAUUCAUUAAACGACAUGAUUUCCUUCAGAGGAGUUGAUGAGACCGGGCCUUUACCCCCGUCUGCCUACCCAUGUGAUCCACAUCAGACAUCCCAAACCCUAAAACAAGACUUUGACUUUGGAUUGGGAUCCACUGUUUCAUCGGCAUCGGGUGACAAGGAGGAUUUUGCUUUGCUCGGACCUUUACCCCCUCCUCCACCUCUUCCUCGCCCAGUCCAGGGUUCCCCACCUCCAUCUUCAUCUGCCCUGUCAGACAUUCAGCAUUUCACCAACACUUACCAGCAGCUUGAGACGAGAAGAGGGGAGCACUCUGCGGCUAACCUCCUUCGACAGAAACUUCAAGAAUCUGACAUGGGAUUUGAUGAUUAUCCGGGCAGUGACUACUAUGGAGCCACCCCACCCCACUCUCAAGGAAACAUGCUGAAUAGGCAACAUCCAAUGUCCUCUGGCAGCCUGUCGCCACAAGAUUCCAAGCUACAAGACAGUUCCGUGCCUAAAGGCUAUUUCCCAUCUGGCAAGAAGAAGGGGAGGCCCGUAGGGAGUGUGAAUAAACAAAAAAGGGCCCAGAACCAAGCCCAAACACAGGAGCCGGGUCAGCCCCAAGAACAGGCUCAGGGCACAACUGAGAGUGCUCUAUCAGCCCCACCCGAGCCAACUUCAGCUGAUGAGACAUCCCCACCGCUGGAGCAGACUACGUGCAGCACACCACCCCCUGAAGCACCCCUGCUGACCGACGAUAAAAACACUCUCCCACUGACCCCACCCAUUUUAACCCAGAUAGUGAAAGUGGAUGUUGAGAAUGAGGACCUGCAGCCAGAGAUCGAGGUCAAACCAGUGCGAAGGAGACGCAGAGGUGGAAAAGGUGAGGAUGAGUCACUAGAGGCCAGAGGACAACAGAGGAGGAGAAGGAGAGGAGCAGGGCCGACGGCACCGUCGGUGGCCAAAGUUGACCCAGAUAUACCUUUAGGGGGAGGAGGGAGCCCUGGCACCAAUAGAGUGUUCACAGACCCAAAUAUAAAGGGCCUGUUUGUUCCGCACAUACACGUGGAGAACAAAAUACCAGAGAUUGGGGCAGUGUGCACCAUUGUAAAUGCUGAGGAGGAGAAGAUGAAAGGAGAUCGUAGUGCAGUCGGAGGGAAAGUGGGCGUGAGUGGGAUUGAUUCUCCCCUGACCUCGGUUCCUUCCUCCCAGUUAUCUAGGAGAGACAGAGAAUCGGAGAAAAGGGAGACAGACGAGGUGGAGACAACACUUGAGUCGGGAAAAGCACUUCCUUCAUCUGGCUAUAUUGUUUCAGGCCCCGUGAUUACAGAGACCAAUCACUCCGGCCGCCUGCUCUGCUGCCUGUGUCAGAAAUGGGCAAAUUACAAACAUCUUGGAGAUCUCUACGGCCCUUUCUAUCCAGCUGAAUAUGCUGCAAAGCUCCCCAAGAACCAGCCCCAGGUCCGACAAUGUCAAGCGGCCACGGGCACAAACAAAACAGGACAAAACUCAGACGUGAGCUCAAAUGCUUUGAGCACCAACCAAGACGCGCAAACACAAGAUGCUCAGUUUACCAAGCCCCCAACUGAGAGUCACUAUGCCAUCAGCCUGGAUUCAAAUGCAGUGCCUCUCCCCGCUAGAGUCAGAACUGCCCCGACGGCUGGUGGAGAGGAAAUGAUGAUGCACAUGACUGGCAAGUUCAGUAACACCGCCUCCUCCUCUUCCUCGUCCUCCUCGUCUUCGUCUUUCUCCUCCUACACCAGUAAAACAACGUCUCUGACCUGGGACAUGAAUCUAGACAUCCGGCCCAUCCCGAAGCUUAAGAGAGAGCCAGACCUUGAUACAGACAAGCAGCAGCAGCAGCCGCAAAUCCAGCAGCAGCUGCUGCAGCAGCAGCCGACAGACGAAGCUCAGCAACGACCUCAACACAGAAAGCUGACUUCACACCCCCGCUUUAAGAGGAGGCACAAAUCCAGUGAGGAUUCCCCCAGAAUGGUGCCCUCCAACAGUAAGGCCUCCCUGCCCUUCCAGCCCCCUCCGCCCGCCUUGGACUCCCUGGGACCCUUGGCACAACUCGCCCAGCUGCCUCAGAUGCCCAUGGACCCGGAGGAGCUGUGGGUCCAUGAAGGAUGCAUAGUGUGGACCAGUGGGGUGUAUCUUGUCAAUGGGAGACUGUAUGGCAUGCAGGAGGCACUAGAUGGCGCCAGAGAAACAUGCUGCUCAUACUGUGAGAUGGUUGGCUCCACCCUGGGCUGCUACAGCAAAGGCUGUACACUCCGCUACCACUACAUGUGUGCUAUCGAAGCAGAUUGCUCUCUGAACGAAGAUAACUUCUCAGUGCGGUGUCCGAAGCACAAGGUAAAGAAGGAGAGUUUACCCAGAGCAUCCGGCCAGCCAAGUCAGUGUGCGUGGAGCAGUCAGAGAGAGGCUGAGAGAAAUGCAGAAGAAGAAGAGACACCGGAGUCUGGGAGCUGUUCGUUUGGUCAAUAGAAGACUGAGGAGUGGGACUUGUUUGUGAAGCAGCCCGAAAUGUGAAAAGACAGGACUGGCAUCCGUGACGGAGAACAACAAAAGGGAAUGUACAAUUUCUCAACGGGCGUUAUUUACAUGUAAGACAAUGGAGAAAAGAAACCUUUUCUUUUUUUUUUUUUUUAAGAGAAUUGUUGCUCUUGACUUAAAAGCAGAAAAAGAAGAAAAGAAAAAAACAUGAACAUGCAACAGAGCGGAAUGGAGCUACAAGUAAAAGACGGACGGUGGAACUAAAGGAACUUGUUUUGUAGAGAACAAAAGAAACAAACUUCCUCUCUAGGCUUACUUUGAUUUUCCUCAGACACCCUCAAAGUGUUACACUCGUGUUUAUCAUCAUCUGUAUAAUCAUUAUCCAUUUUCUUUAAGUGUUCUUUUGGUUGCUAUGCAGAGGCGUUUUGGGAGCAAGUUGGGCGUCAAACCCAGAAAAGAAACAAAGAGAGACUUUUAUACCCUCUCACAAGUAGUAUUCUAUCUUAUAUUACGAUGACCACAAUUAUUAUUUUUAGUACUCAUUAUUAUUUUGUAUCCUCGUCAGUAUUUACUCAUGAAAAUGAAAUGGAUGUAUCUCACUUUAUAUUCUGUCAACACAUGAUUUGGAUUUAUUUUUUCAUUCCUGGAGAGGGAGGAGCCAGAGUGAUGUCUGGAAUGUCAGGGUCGAGUUUGCCACAAAGACAUUAUUGCCUUGGAGAACGGACAUCUGUUGCCUUUCAAAAGUCAUGUGUACGAGUGUGAAAUGUGUGUGUGUGUGUGUGUGUGUAUGUGCGAGAGAGAGAGUGAGAGAAACUGAAAAAAAACCGCCGAUAUCUGGGUCUUUGAUUCCAUUUUUGGUCCUUUUGAAAAGUGGUCUUAUUUUUCAUCACUGGGGUUUUUACGGUACAGAUAGUAUUCACGAAAAAAAUCCGAUGGACACAAUCUUAUUUUUCAAGUACAAAAUGUUCGUUAUGUGUAAAGAGAGGGACAGAGGAGGGGAUAACACUAUGGACUAAUGCGUGCCUGCCAUCUUUGACUGUGCUGACAGCACAAAGAUGAACAGGACACUGACGGGGGAACUGUGUACUGGGUGCACACGUGCGCUCGUUCUUCAUGGGAUGUUCCGCAGGACUGGCACGCCACCGUACACUGAUGGAAAAACAUUUUUUUUUUGGGGAACUGGAAACUUUGGAGAAGGUGUCAUAUUGAACGGCUGCGAUUGGCCAACCGUACUGGCCAAUGGGGGAGUAAGCCUUACUGAGUACUUCUGAAUGGUUUCACUCUCGAGCGACAAAAUCCAUUCACAAGAAGCAUUGCCAUAAAAUUUAAAAGUGAGUCGUACAUGGUGUUGUCUUUAUCAUUUUUUAUUGUUAUUCUUGUAAAAAAAAAAAGAUAAAAAAGUCAAGCUGAGAAGAAGACAGUGACACUAUCAAAACCAUGCUGUAUUAGAGACCUGUCAAUAUGUAUAUGAAUUAUGAAUACACUUAAAAAAAUGCUUCAAGUAA